CCGUUAACCGUUCAAGAACCAAACGGAAGCCACAAAGACAACUGAACAAAACGGGGAGGGACAUACCUGCAUUUGUCCAAUAUAAGUUGUCCGUUUGCGUUUUCCGCUUGGAGUAAAAGUAGACGAAACGUUUUACAAAGGAAUCAGCACAAGGAAUAGCUACACCCCAGAAAUUAAAAUCGUUUCCUUGGUUCGCGGCGUGUAGAGACAGAAUGUGUUCUCGAUACUCGACCGAGGCUAAAUUCUGAAUGCUGUCGUGCCAAGAUGGGAUGCAACUUUUGUCAAAUUGAUGUCUAAAGUUAUUUUUUGGUUUUCAUUUUAGUUCACCCUAACCAUAACCUAAUUUGAUAAGUCAAUUUUGACAAAAGCUGUAUAUUUUCUAGACAAAACCACCGAACGUAAUAUAAAUUCCGAGAAUGUAAACGCGAUUUAUAUCAUAUAAUAUGUGACCUGGUGGAUUUGUUGUUACUCUUUUCCUUAUCGUUUACCUGUCAGUGCUUAUGUGGAAUAAAGUUGAUGAAUCGAAGAUAUGAUACCGUCUACACACCAUAAGGGAUGAAGUAACUGGCAAAACAAUGUUGAUCUGAUUUCAAAUACAUUAGUUAAGGAUAUCAUCAGAAAGGGAUGUUAGAGAUGGACAGGGUAGCUCAUGCAGAAGAUGAGCCCAGAGGAGGGACUGGGUUAGUGGAUGCCUUUAAGAUCCUCUCUAAGGUCCCAUACGAGAGACAGCUAAGCCUGACUUUCAAGUUGGGUGAUAGCCUGGCCGAAGAGCUGGUACAUGCCAUGUCUCUCAUCCACCUCGGGAAGAGGUCAGAGGCACUGAACAAGCUCCAGGCUUUGGGGGACAACAACAUCAUUGCUAACCAUCUGGCUGAAAAGGUGAGAAUGUGUGGAGUCAAGUUGGAGGACUUAACAGUGAGCAUGUUCAACAGUGAGCAUGUUCCUUUCCAAGAGUGUACCGUGGGCACCUUAGCAGACCUAGCAAGGAUUUUCAAGGUGUUGGCUGAGGAGAGGUUGUGUGACUCAUCUCUGAGGGAUUUGGCUUACCAGACAGCUCUAGCCACAUUCAAGAACAAGAACAGUGGUGAAGAGAGUUCCGAAUCAGAAUACAUACAGAUGCAGCUGAGAGAAGAAGCCAACAGGGUCUGUGGGCCUCAGAUUGAGGACACAGUUGGGGGGAUGUGUUUCCCUAAGGACUCCUCAUCAGGCCUUUGCUCCAUCCCGACACUGGACCAAGGGAGCACAGCUUUACAAAAACCAGGCUUUCCCAAUCAGACAGGAAGUGGUCACAGUCCGCCGUCCUCCCUACGGGAUGACACCUCCAUAUGUUCCUACCCUUCUCACUUGGAGAUCAGUGUAUCUGAAACAGUUGGCUUUAAAACAAGCAACACCCCAGCCUCCUCCAAUGAGGAGCCAUCCCAGCCUCCUCCAAUGAAUUUGGAGCCCGUACAAUCACCUGUUACACAUUAUGGUACAAAUACAGGCGAAGAAGGUGCAUUUAAAUACUUUUCCAGGGUUACGUCUCGGGAUAUACCACCCACACAAGAUGUGCCUAAGCCUGUUAAAGGAGAAAUGGACAGAGUUACAAGUGUUGCAGUGUCUUGUGAACACAGAACAGGGUCAGAGGUGAGAGUUUCACCCCUUUCUCCUGGCAAUUUCACUCCAGUUCAGACUAAGUUCGAUAACCCUGAGAGUCCAAACACACAUUCCAAACCAUACCCAAAAAAUAACCUUGUGCCUCCCUCAAACAACAAUAGGCCAACUUCUCAUCCAACUACCACUGAACCAGUGUCAGCAAGUGUUCCAUUGAAAACCCCAAAUCAGGAGGAGGAGGAGGAGGAAGUGUUUUUCUCCUUUGUCAUCCUGCAUGCAGCAGAGGAUGUGGAUAUGGCUGAGAAGUUUAAAGAGGAACUAGAGUCUAUAGUUGGUGGUGAAGGAGCAACCUUCUCUCAGGACUUUGCCAUCCCAGGCAGGAACACCCUCAUGUGUGUGGAGGAUGCCAUCAACAAUUCAGCCUUCACUAUCCUGAUGCUUACUCGCAACUUCAACACCCGUCUGCUGGAGGUAGAAACCAGUUCUGUGCUCAUGAAUGCCAUUGAGAACCUGCACAAGUACAACACUGUCAUCCCUUUUCUGCCACAGGAGAACCGUAUGCCCCGAGAGAACAUGCCCAAAGUUCUGAGGAUCUUUAUUCCGUUAGAGGAAGGUAAUGCCUUUGAGAGAAAGGCAAAAAGGGCCAUGGCUCCAGCAAGGAUUGCUAAACAGAGGAGGUUGUGGUUGAGCGAGCAGGCAGUGAGGGCGCAGGUUAGGAGACAGGAGAGACUACGACUAGAGGAAAGGCUUCAAAUGGAUUUAAUUCGUGGUCAGGAGACGGAAAGAAUGCAGAGAUAUUUGUUGCAACAACAACUUUCCAAUCAACCCUCGACUCCCGCAAUGCCUCACUUUACUACUGAUCCAUUUUUAGGAAGUACACCUAGAAAUGUGUCCAAUAUGUCAGCGACACCACCGCAACAUGGGUGGAGUCACCCGCCAGGAAACAUCCACAUCCAGAAUGCUCGCUAUAUCAUGAUUGGGAAUGACUCUAAAAUGACUGUCGGACAAGGAGGGGACAGCAGUGGGGAUGAAGAGGACAGGUUCUAAAUUGAAUAUGAUGUAAUAAAGAAGAGGGUUAAAUGUGGUCUUGUGAAAGCUAGUUAUUCUGGAGUAAUCAUUUAGGAGUAUAUUACACUUUUGGGACAGAUAUCCUGUUUAUUUUCAUCUUGAUGGCCAUUUUGUCUAUUGAUGGUGUUUUUGCAUUGAGUAUGAUCAUAGUUCAAUGUUACAUUAGUUGAUUACUUAAACAAAUCAUUUCUGAUGCCCUGUUCCAUUUAAGUGAAAGUUCUCAUUUUGAAUCAACUGUCAUCGCUUGCAAAAGCUAUCAUUUUAAAUCUGGAGACAAAGGUGCAGUCUCAGGUACACUGAGAAUGAGGGGAUUGGUGCAAACUGGUGAAUAGGUAAUAAGAUACGUUUGUUGUGGUUUAAUAUAAUUGUUUCUCUUUUAAAAUUAUGUGGGGGUUUUUUUCAUUGUGUUCAAUUACUUAUGAUAUGCAAUAAAUACAUAAGGCUCCAGUU